AUGUCGACCAAAGCAAACAUCAACUGGAGUAUGAUCGCUAAGAUCACCCACGACAUGUCCAACGUUAUGGAGAUCUUUGAAGAGAACAUUGCAUCCACCUCGACUGGAGAGAAGGACAUGCUCCUACUUGCCAGGUCCUUCCUAACCUUUUCUGACACCUUCCGAGACAUCGUCUUUGCAGAACAGUCACACCUCGAACAUUUGUUCAAUGAGUUCGGCAAUGGACUUAAAAAUGCGGAACAACAGACUUACGAUAGCUACAACGGUAGCAAGAAAGACUGGGAGAAACAUGUCGAGAACAAGAAGAGGCUCUGCGAAACGGUUGCCAUGGCCAUGAGGGAUCUUGAAAGGAGCAUUAGAGUACUGAUGAGGAGUAUGGAGGGCCAGGUCGCGAUUAAUGCUCCUGUAUAUUUUCCCAAGCAGAUCAGUGACAGUCAGAGUGACAUUGAUUAG